AUGGGAGGCUCAAACAGGAAAAAGGGGGUGGGGUGGGUGCUCCGAGAUGGCAUAGGCUGCUUCAUAAGUGCGGGAGGCUAUGGGGAAAUGCGUUGUGUCUCUGCAUUAAUAGUGGAGGCAGAGGUGAUACCAGAAGCUUUAACCCAGUGUUUGGAGUUUGGGUUUGACAAGGUGGGGAUGGAAUCUGACUCACUUAGUUUGAUCAAAAUGCUCAAUCAGGAGGUUGUUAUGGAUUUGCAGAUUGAAGGAAUUCUAUUUGAUAUUCAGUGCUUGAGUCAACAUUUUCACCAAGUGAAGUUUAUGUAUGCUCCGAGAAAAUGUAACCAAGCUACCCAUUUAGUGGAAGCUUAUGUUUUUCAUAGUGGUGGCAGGCUUAGCUGGGAUAUUGUUUGUCCCGAAUGGCUGUUUAACUGCGUAGCCCAAGAU